GGCCUUGUUCAGAGGGAAUCACUUCAACUGACUCAUCUGUGAUUGUGAUCUUCUCUGCUAGACAGACAAGGAAAGAAGAGCUCGUACAUUUAUACAAGGACAACCUAAAGGAGCCUGUUCAGAUUAAUUGGUAGAGGAGAGAUGACCAAAGAGACUGAGACUCUGGGACUGGUCUUUCAGAGCGAGAACUUCAGCUAUAAUCAUUACGCGAACUCCAUCAUGGACUCUUGGCCCUACCUGGACACCCCGAACACUGAUCCAAACCACUCAAAACUCAGACUCAACCCUGGAGAAACCAUGACUGCAAUAACCAUGCUUCAGGAGCAGUGCAGGAACCAGAAGGAGCAGAAAAUUGGUGUUUUCAACCGAAGCCUCUGCAAGCCUACAGAGAGGACUCUUGGCAAUGCCAGUGACCCUGUCAUGAAGAUCCUCUCCGAUCUUGUUCCCACCUCCCAUCCUCAGGAGAUUAUGGGACUGAAGCAGAUCUCCUCCCUGCCCGUUUCUGCUCCCAGCUCCUCAGACACAUACGUCACCCUAAGCAGUGUUGUUGGCGACACGUAUGAAAAGCAGGAGCUCAGCAACAUCUUGGACCUGAUGCAGAAGUGGCCGGAAACAAAUCCGUUCUCUGACCAUGGCAUGGAGAAUCUUCCCUGUAGUGAUCAGUUUCCUGAAAGCCACCCCAGCCCCGUCUACUCCGGCUCAUACGCCAGCUCCUCUCCUGAGAGGCACAGGAAUGACUUCCAGUUUAUCCUCGGAUCUCCUGCCGCAUCAUCUCACAAGUCCAACGAGCUGCCGAUGGUGUACCUGAACAAAAGCCAGUUCUACCCAAUCACUCUGCAGGGAGUUCACAGCAGUGCCUGCCUUACAGCCACCAAAGUCAAGACGGUGGUGAUGGCUGUGUUUGAGAAUGACAAAACCCCUGAAAUGCAGCUCCGCUUCUGGAAUCACUGGCAUGCACGCCAGCCAACUGUCAAGCAGAGAGUUAUUGACAUCGCCGACUACAAAGAGGUGUUCAGUGGCAUCAGCAAUGUGGAGGAGGUCGCCUUCAAUGCUUUCUCCUUCAUUUGGAACCCCAGUGAGGAGGCAAAGAUUUACAUUGGGAUAAACUCCCUGAGCACAGACUUCUCCUCUCAGAAAGGGGUGAAAGGCCUGCCUCUCAACCUGCAGAUUGACACCUACGACUUCAGCUCUGGAAGCAACCAGCUCAUACACAGAGCUGCCUGUCAGGUCAAGAUUUUCUGUGAUAAGGGUGCAGAAAGGAAGAUGCGUGAUGAAGAGAAGAAGAGAUCCAAGAGGAGGGGAAAGAACACCAAUGAUGCAAAUGCCAAGUCUCUUGUGAGUAGCUCCAUUGGCUCUGAGUGCACCUUCUUCAAAACUUUGGACGACCUCGUCACUCCGCCAGUUCUCUUCAUCCCAGACACACACCUCACCGGCUUACAGCGCAUGGCCGCUCCUACGGACGACAUUGAAAGGAGCUGUCUGAAGAGGUUGUAUCCAGACAGAGACCAGAGCAAUACUCCUCCCAGCAAACAGGCACGCAGAGAAGAUCCACAAAGAGUUCUGCUGUAUGUGAGGACCACUGCUGAGGAGGUGUUUGACGCGCUCAUGCUAAGUUCACCGACGCUGUCAGGCCUUCGAGAAGCUAUUUCUGAAAAGUACGGCUUGCAAAAAGACACCAUUGGGAGAAUCUGCAAAAAAUGCAAAAGAGGAAUUCUGGUCAACAUGGACGACAACAUCAUCGAACACUACAGCAACCAAUCUGCCUUCCUCAUUGAGACAUCCGAGUUGGCAGCCAAUCAGCUCCAAGUUACUCUGGUUGAAGUAUAAAAUCCCCUGAAGGAUGGAGAAGCGCAGCUGUGAUUUGAAGCCAUCUUUAAAGCACUGCCUCAGCAAAGCAUUGGACUGUUAAACACCAAGAACUGGGCCCAGACUGAAUGAAGCCCUCCACAAUGCCAGACCUCAAUGAUAAUGUUGAAUCAUUUCUUGAAUUUGCAAAUCCCGGUCUGCCCAGUUCCUACGCUUUGUUUUUUUUUUUUUGUUAAAUAUUUUAAUGUAAAACAUUUAUGACUUGUAUGUACAUAGAUGUAAAUAUAUUUUUUAAUAUUACAGUGUUUCAUAAGCUUGGCACAGUUUUAAAUUUCAAUUUCUAUCUUCUGAGCUCUAAAUAUCAAUUUUCAUAUGCAACAUUCUUCUUCUUUUUUUUUUCUUAAGCAUUUUAAGACUGUGCCAAUUUUGCUGCUUAGAUUCUACUUAUUUCUUCUGCAUUUCCACAGCUGCAUUUUUAGCCCCAAUCCAUAUUUUCCAAUUUUUUGUGGUCAGGUCAGAUUCACUUAGUUUUCCCAACUGAAAAAUACAGCAAACUUUAAGUCAGGUUGUAGUCACAGGCUAAAGUCAGACAUUUCUGCAAAGAAAACCACACAAGUUUUAGUAUUGGCAUUUUUUUUUUAGCCCAAAGUUUGGACAUUUCCCAAAUAUAUGCUCACAGAAAGAGCCAAAACCCCUUUAACUUUCAGGCCAAAGAGGGAAUUUUCAAGUUAUGGAUGUGUGUGUGUGUGUAAGGGGUAAAAAUAUUUCUCUUCUGUAUGCAUCAUUUCAAAACAAUCAUGUAUCCCUGCAUUAUUUCAUUAUGACAUCGUGGCUAAACAGUCAUAUUUGAUACAGAUUUCCACUUUUCUAAAGAAAAUAAAAAACAAAAAACAAA